AACCCCCCUCCCUUCUCUCUCUGCGCGCUAUGGAAACCAGGUAUCCCUUUAUGGCUGGUCAUCGGUCUUAUGAGGAUUUUGACCCCCUCUGCAAGUGGAGUAGAGAAGAAGGCCGUGACAUCCUUGAAGUUCAUCUUCCUGGAUUCAGGAGAGAGCAAGUAAAAGUUCAGGUGAAUCAUCUGGGAUUUCUAAUAAUAAGCGGAGAGCGAUCAUUGAUGGAUGGAGCUAGAUGGAGGCGUUUCAAGAAAGAAAUUGAAAUUCCAACUCACUGUAAUGUAAAUGCUAUCAAUGCCAGAUUCAUGCAGAACAUUCUCACGGUGGUGAUACCUAAGCAAGUAAUCAAUCCCGUUUCUCAAACGGACAAAGAAAGACAAACCCCAGAAUACGAACCACCCCGGAAAGAAAAAGAAACUGCAGAUCCGAAAAUGGAAUUCACAGAAAGGAACAGAACCAGACAUGAAGAGACAGUAAAAGAAGACACGGACGAAGCAGAGAACGAAUUCGAGGGAGAGACUGAUGCAAAAUUAACACCCGAAUCAACCAGGGAAGUUGCUCUCAAAGCAUUUGUUGUUGUCGUUCUGGUACUUCUACUAGCGAGCUAUGUGACAGACGUGUGCAAAAGCAUGGUCGCCGAUUCUUAUUUUCUCAGUUAAACCAGACUGCAUUAACGUUGUGUAAAUUAAGUACAUAUAUAAGCACUGACCUUUAUCAUGUAUCUUAUCUCAGUUUCAAGA